AUGGCACCCUCCGGCUUGGUCAUCACCAAGCUGGGUGUCCAAGCUACAUCUUCCGAUGAUCAGGUGAAAGGAUUGCUAUGUCUCAAGAUCUCCUUGCCCAAAGAUGCUGAAGGUAGACCCGGCGCAAGAUGGGCUCUGUUCAAUUCGAAUCCUCCCAAGCUCCUUUCAGCACCAACGAUAUUACCACUUCCUUUACCUCUUCCUGCAUCACGUACUCCAUCUCUACGCACAGCUGCGACUCUACUUUCACUCUCUGCUUCUACGAGUUAUCCACCAUCAUCCCCUUCAGGGCUAGGGGGUAAACCAUACAUCGAUGUGUCUAGCACGACUGGCAAAAUCUUUGUUGUGGUGGAUCCUGUAUCCGGAAGGAAAGGGAGUCAAAAUCAUCGAUCUGUGGGAUCAAGUAGUACUCAAGGAGCUAGAAAGGAUUGGUUGGUCUGUAUGGAAUUUACGGUUCCAUUAGAACAAGAUGUAGAAGAGGGAAUAUCAAAGGUUCUACUACCCUUGCCCAAAUGUUUAGAUAAUAUUAUUCGUUUUCAAAUCCUCUCUCCAUCUUCCGCAUCCUCCUCACCCUCUUCCAUGUCGUCCGUACAACAAGAAGUGAACAUACUCACAGAUCCUAAAAUGCUGCCUCUACCUCCGACAGGUACAAAGUCUUCACCCAGGCGAAGAUCCAACUUCAGUGACCGUAGGGACAAGCCCAAGGGGAAAUUAAAAGCUACUUUGGGAGAAGAAGAAGGGUGGGAAGAUGGAGAAGAUCUAGGUCCAGAUGAUGUACAUAGUGAAAGUGGCGAAGAGACAGAAAUGAGUGAUGAAGGAAGUGAUCAAGAGAGCGGAAGCUGGCUAGAAGGUAGAUUCCCGUGUACCGAUAUUCUUCGCCUUGAAUGGUCUUUCAACUCUCCCUCUUCAUUCGACAUACCGACUCUGCAGAUAUCUCCUACAUGGAGUAAACGGCAAUCGUCUAUAUCCAUUGCUUAUCUAGCACGAAUACCAGAUACGGAUAUGCCAGUUCAGCUGGCGAUCGAUGUCCCGGACGGCUGGGGAUGGUCCGACCUCUCGAUUCAAGGUGAAGGUCUAAGCAACUGGAGAUGCGUACAUGGCGGUUGGACAUCUCCAAAAGGAGAAGAAAUGAUUGAUCCAGAUACGACAUUGGAAGCAGGUGAAUAUGAAGAUUCUUUCGCUACUGUUCGAGCCAAACGAAAUCGGCUUCUCACCCCUACAAGCUCUUCCGAGUCAGACAUGAACACUUUCCAUCCUACUGUCAGUAGUGCUCAUUCUUCAGCAAGCUUAAUGCGUCAGACUCUCCCUUCGUUAGGUGAUAAAAUGGAAGAUUUCUCCUUCGAAUUAUCAUCCUUGGAACAGAAACCCUUGACUCCCAAAAGUCUCAGAAAGUCUCCUUUACAAAUGUUGGUCAAUUCCACUUCUUCUUCAAAUGGGAAAUGGGAUGAGCCCAGAGAAGGAAAUAUGUUCAGUUUAUAUUUCGAAGAUCAAGGGGAUAGAUCUAUCACGGUACAAGCAACUCUCGUGCCAAUCGACCAACUGAUGCUCAUAUCUCCUUCUUUGCCUGUCAAAAUACCGUUUGUCAGGAUUGGAGAUGAAAGGAAUACUCAAUGUCAAGUACAAUGUCCUUCAGCGACUUAUGGGAGUGCUUCGACUCCUUCGUCCGAAAUGGAAUUGAUAAAUACUUCCCUCGGAGGAUCGUUCACUUGGACUGAUGGUAUCGGCCAUCCCCUCUCUAUACGAGGUGGACGAUUAAAGGGAAAUGUAUUUGUCAAAUUACGUCGAUCUACUUGGGGCAUAAUCACGGCUUCCAUGACAUUCCCGUUUCCUAAAAACUCCGAGGAAGUAGGAUUUAUCAUUCCUCUUAGUGGAGAAAUGAGAAUCAGCAAGACGACGCUAGACGGUGCGGAAGUGCCCAAAGCAGUCUACAGCCACGACGGGAAAAGCAAUAUCCGAAUAGCAAAGAGAGAAGAAAAAGCUGGUGGCACAGUCGAAUUCGAAUGGGAUGUUGCAUCAUUUUCCAAAGGUGAUAUCGGGUUGCCGACUUUCGAAGAUGCGGAAGGUGAAUUAAAAGUUGAAUUGAUUGGUGAUGACUGGACUUCAUGUCUGAAAUCGAUUGUAACGAAUCUCACAUCCAUCUCAUCGACCACAUUCACUUAUCCAUUAUCUUCUUCUCAGCCUACAUUCACCCUUCUUCCCAUUUCGUCGACGACGAAGAAGAAGAAAACUUUAUUAUCAUUGUCGACAUUGAUUAACCUGUUCAUGAUAUGGUUGUUACUAUCCAUGGGUCAACAAAUACAAAGAUUGAGAAACGACAUUGAGUUUGUCAAAGAUGAAUAUAAAGAUCUGAGGUUAUAUGGAAUUCCUCAAUCGAUCAUCACCGCUACCACCACAACCACUAUUACUGAAGAAGUUUUUAUUCCUUCAUCAACCACUACGACGAUGGAAAAUCCGACGGGUGCUCCUGAACCCAAUCUUCAACAAGACCUGACGAAGGUUGAGAAUAAGGAAAACAUAGGAUUGGUAAUUGAUGAAAAGAACUAUCCACUGGGAAGAGUCGUUUUUGGUAACAUGGGUCAAGAAUGGGAGAAAUGGUUAACACAUCCUACCGUAAGAACAAUUACUAGAGGUGUAAGUUGGAUUUGGAACACCGUCAUCAAUUUGAUCAUACCUUGA